AUGGUUGAAGUCAUGGGUCAGGGCAGGGCCUGCACUGGGGUUAGAGUUGAGCUCAGGCUCGGGGUGACCCCACACUUUGCCUUACAGAAGUCGGUCCUGGCCGCGCUCUACAGCUCCGAGGGCUCCGUGAUGGAGCGGCACCACUUUGCCCAGGCCAUCGCCAUCCUCAACAGCCAGGGCUGCAACAUCUUCGACCACUUCUCCCGCAAGGACUACCAGCGCAUGCUGGACCUCAUGCGGGACAUCAUCCUGGCCACCGACCUGGCCCACCACCUACGCAUCUUCAAGGACCUCCAGAAGAUGGCAGAAGUGGGCUACGACCCCAAGAACAAGCAGCACCACAGCCUGCUGCUCUGCCUGCUGAUGACGUCCUGCGACCUCUCCGACCAAACCAAAGGCUGGAAAACCACCAGGAAAAUCGCAGAGCUGAUCUACAAGGAGUUCUUCUCCCAAGGAGACCUGGAGAAAGCCAUGGGCAACCGCCCGCUGGAGAUGAUGGACAGGGAGAAAGCCUACAUCCCUGAGCUGCAGAUCAGCUUCAUGGAGCACAUCGCCAUGCCCAUCUACAAGUUGCUGCAGGAUCUCUUCCCCAAAGCCUCGGAGCUCUACGAGCGCGUCGCCAGCAACCGGGAGCAGUGGACCAAAGUGUCCCACAAAUUCACCAUCCGGGGGCUGCCCAGCAACAACUCCCUGGACUUUUUGGAUGAGGACUACGACCCACAGACCCCAGACCCACAGAUGAACGGGUGCCUGGAUGCUGAGGGGCACCCAGAGUCCGGGGCAGAGUGAGGAUGGCAUUGGGGGGGGGGACGACACAAGGGUUGGGGAUGGGACGAGGUGAUGAUGGGGUGCGAUCCGUGCCCCUGUGCCACCCGUGGGACGACGUCCCCUCUGUGUCACCACAGCCCCAGCCAUGGUGGCGCUUGGGGACAGCAGUGUCCACAUGGGGGAUGUUUUUUUGGGGCUCCCCAAUGCUGCUGUCCCCUGGAAUGGGGCCACGUUGUGGGGCAGGCGAUGGGGAGAGAUUUGGGGGGGGGGGGGAUGGGAUGGGU